UUAUGCAAAGUGUGUGCGGCGACCCUUACUUUAAAUUCAGAUAUUCAGACUUUAGACUUUGAUCCACGUUAGACUGUUACGAAUUUGCCAUUGGCAUUGAUUAAAAAGAAUUAAACGGGAAUAGUUACAUAUUAGUUUUUUCUGUGAAAAUGGCACGUGUGCUUGUAGGUGUAAAAAGAGUAAUCGAUUAUGCAGUGAAGAUUCGUGUUAAGCCGGACAAAUCCGGGGUAGUUACAGAUGGCAUUAAACAUUCGAUGAACCCCUUCGAUGAAAUAGCUGUAGAAGAGGCAGUCAGAAUGAAGGAAAAAAAAAUAGCCCAGGAAAUAAUAGCAGUCAGUUGUGGACCAACACAGUCGCUAGAUACGAUCAGGACUGCCCUUGCUAUGGGUGUGGAUCGAGGCAUUCAUGUAGAAAUAUCUGGUCCUGAAUACCAGACAUUGCAGCCCAUUCAUAUCUCAAAGAUACUAGCCAAACUAGCACAAGAAGAAAAAGUUGAUCUGGUGAUACUUGGUAAACAAGCCAUAGAUGAUGACAACAAUCAAACAGCACAAAUGACUGCUGGUGUCUUGGAUUGGCCAUCUGGCACUUUUUGUAGCAAGAUCGAAAACAAUAAUGGUGAAUUGACUAUUACACGCGAGAUUGAUGGUGGGUUAGAAGUUGUCAAGAUGAAAACUCCUGCAGUCUUAAGUGCCGAUCUCCGCCUGAAUGAACCGCGUUACGCGACUUUGCCAAAUAUUAUGAAAGCCAAGAAAAAACCUAUUAAGAAGAUUACUCCAAAAGAUCUUGGAAUAGAUAUUGCAUCAAGAAUUGAGAUACUCUCAGUAGAAGAUCCGCCAGUUAGGCAGGCCGGUGCUAUAUUACCGGAUGUGGACACCUUGAUAGCCAAAUUAAAAGAGAGUGGCCACGUUCAAUAAAAUCAUGAGAUAAAGAACAAAAGUUAUUUUUGAACUCUUAUAUUUUAAUAACUUGUCUUGUAUAUAGUGCUUUUGUACAUCAUCAAAGAAAUGAUAUACUACAUACACACAUACACACGGGCGGAUCCCGUUUGAACACGGGACUGAUUGGACACCACCACUCACAGCGGCCAAUAGAGUUUUUCCGUUGAUUGGGUUAGAUAAAUCAAGAUGAUUAGUUGAUGUUCAAUCGAACUGUGUCCAAACGGGUGUCAUCCCCCCCCCCCACACACACACACACACACACAC